UCCUAGUCUGUACUCUGUGUAUACCUAUUACCUAGCUUGACUUCCUUUUUCCGAUAUCGUGUUAUUCGGCUUACAUCGUGAUUUUGUGGAGCAGUGUUUUCAUUAAUUUCAAUUUUUGUUUACUUUUAGCGCUGGCUUUAUUUGAUCAUCACAAAAAAUGGUUGGCUCCAGGGUCUAUGUAGGUGGUUUGCCCUUUGGGGUUCGUGAAAGGGAUUUAGAAAAGUUCUUCAAAGGAUUUGGAAGAAUCAGAGAUAUCCUUAUCAAGAAUGGCUACGGAUUUGUGGAAUUUGAAGAUUAUAGAGAUGCAGAUGAUGCUGUUUAUGAGCUCAAUGGAAAAGAAUUAUUAGGAGAAAGGGUGAGCGUGGAGCGGGCGCGGGGCGUGCCGAGGGGUGCAGACCGCUGGCGGGGAAGGGACCGAAGGGCCCGACCGCAGAGGCCUCCCAAACCACCCGCCAACGACAACAAUUACAGAUAUGGGCCGCCGACGCGUACCGAGUAUCGGCUAGUCGUCGAAAAUCUGUCAAGCCGCAUUAGCUGGCAGGACUUAAAGGAUUACAUGCGUCAAGCUGGCGAAGUCACUUACGCUGAUGCGCAUAAACAACACAGGAAUGAAGGUGUCGUUGAAUUCGCGACCCAUUCGGAUAUGCGAGCUGCUAUUGAGAAGCUUGAUGGCACAGAACUGAAUGGCCGCCGUGUUCGUUUGGUGGAGGAUCGUCGCUCUUCUCGUCGCAGGUCACGAUCGUCAUCCAGCCGCUCCAGGAGUCGCUCCCGUGACCGUCGUCGAUCACGAUCGAGGUCCCGUUCUCGCCGUUCGUCCAAGAGCCGCUCUCGCUCUAGAUCUCGCCCGAAGAGCAAGAGUCCAGUGGCCAAGUCUAGGUCCAGAUCUAGAUCUAAGUGUGUAAUUUCAAUCGCUGAGCAAAACUUAAAAUCGGAACGCAGCCGCUCUAGAUCGGGCUCCAACAACGAGACGAGACAAUCGCGCUCUCCGGUACGCAACGAGACCAACGGGAAAUCUGCUUCACCCUCGCCCAAACGCGAAUCCAAGGAGCGCUCACGUUCUCGCUCUCAUAGCAAGGAGGCUGCGUCGCCAAAGCGAGACGAGGGUAAAGUAAGCAAGUCUCGUUCCCGUUCUCGCUCCGGAUCCCGUUCAAGAAGUGGUUCUCGCGAGCGUUCUCGCUCGGCCUCACCCCGACAAAACGGAGAGUCACAAGAACGCCGUAGCAACGACCGCUCACCCAGAAGCGGUGAAUAAGAUAAAUCGCACGAUUUACUUUAAACAAGACCUCUUGAUUAAUUACAAAGUUUUAUUCUGCAUUCAAUUUUUAUCAAUUAUAAUUUUUAUCUUCACAAUGUCAUCUAUGUCAUUGACCAUUUAGGAAGUACGACUAUCGUAGCAGAUAUUAGCAACGGAUUGGGAAUGAAAAUUUUUACAUUAAUUAAUAAGGAGGCGAUAAUAGGAUACUAAAAGUAUGAAUGUUCUCUUUUUGUUAGUAAUCUACUCUAUGUAUGAACGAUAAGGGUUGCCAAACAAUUGUGUUACAUGUAACUAUUAAAUCCUAAUGGACAAUCAUCAAACAAGUUUUGGGUCUGCUGAAAAUUGAUGUUAUCUCUUAGUAUGAAAGCCACAAGUAUUUUACAGUCUGUUUGUGGUUAGGACUAAACUUUGUUCCAUGAAUGAGAUAUAUUACAGACUAUAUACUUUUAAUUUGCAAGAACCGUACUAGAUAUACUUAUGGCAAAAUAUAAAAUUUACUAUUAACAAAAUUUUGACAACCCUCUAAAUAUAGGUUAAGAUAAUUUUGUAAAUAUGGUUUUCGAUUUAAGGCACCAAAAAUAAAGUAUUAAGAUUACAAA